AGACUAAAGCCCAAGCGCUGCGAUUGUCUUCUAGUUGACGAAGUUUUUUGUUUGUCACGGUCAACAUACUUGUCCGCGAUCAUCCAUAUUGGCGAAAGAAAUGGAGCAUUUAGCUGAGAAUGAGAUUGAGGUCGCAAUACAAGAAGAUUUCCCUGACGCUGCGGCAGCCGCCGCCAAUGCUGCGGCCGUGAAGAAGGCGGACGACGCCAGCUUGAAGAAACGAAUGCGAAUUGUCACCGAAGCUAUCGUGAAAAUGGUAUGCCCAUUUUUUCUCGCAGCCUGCGUCUCACUGUCUAAACUGGACAUGGGAGAUCAGCCCGGAGUACGAGACAGCUUGUCACCCCUGGCGGGCUGCACUCUCGCCUCCGGCAUACUCUCACUUUUACCCCUCACCUUCCCAAAUUGGUUCCCGGACAAACUGUUUGAAUUCUCCAUGUUCUUCAUCCACCUUUGUGGUGUUCUCCUUAUGGUCCUUGCCUUCCUCACCCUAUUCCUUGUCGUGGAGGAAUACGCCGCCUUGUUGGUUCUUGUUGGUGUCAGUGUGAUGUUCACCAUAAAUUGGGCUCGCCGUACCGUCCUUAAUGGAUACGAGCGCGGUGCAACGGUGGUAUAUGAGAAAUUUCUAGACGACCUUGAGAACUCGGUCGAUCUCUCGGCUGCCAUCACUUUCCUUCUAUUCUUAGGGUUGGGAGGCUUGGUGUUAGGGGGACAGUACAACACCAUACAACUGAGAAAAGGCAGCCUUGCUGAGGAGGAUAAAGAGAUGCUGCAGCUCCUUUUUCACACGAUCUGGUUGAGCUUCUUCAUUUGCAUAGCUGGCGUAUUUUUCAUGCUGGUGUGCAUGGUGCCUCCGGUGACCAACGGCAGACGUGAGGGUAUUUGCCACAUCAUCGAAGGAUUGAACUACUUCUUCUGCGGCGCCUUAACUUUGAUUGUGCUGCUGAUCACACUUGGGACGCUGAGAAAACUGUGGGUGGUUGCCUUUGCGAUUGUGCUAUCAGCAAUUCCAUUUAUAGUAUGGGGAGUUCUUGCUUUUCCCGGUGGUGCCAUAGGAGAAGGGGAUGAAGAUAUUAAGCCGGCGUCACUGGAUCUGGCUAAAGUCACUUUUACGGGCUUCUUGGCUAUCUCGAUAUAUACCAUCAGUGAGAACAGCCCAGUCAGCAUCCGCGAGUCUUCCUCCUGGUUCAUAUUCUUCACUGCAAUAGCUGUCAAUAAUAGCCUUGGGUGGAGGCUCCUCACACACCAGAAGAAACCGUCAGCAGCAAGGUUCACAGCUGCUAAUGUUGCUUCUCUCGGCGCUCAUAUAUGCAUCGCUGCUGCUGUUAUCCCGUUCGCAUGCAUGGCUUUCGGUGCAUUCCGGGAAAUUGCUACCACCGCUCAAAGUCCUAUUCCGUGAUGCCUACGGCUCAUAUGAUGCAAAUCUCAUUUGGAAACUCUAGCUAAUCCUGUUGUUAUUGCCUCACACUGAUGAGGCCAGCAUCCCUUUUACCGUGUAUUUGUAUGGCACCUGGUAUCAUCUAAUUAAUAGGAGUAUAUUUUUAUAUAUCUGUAUCUACUAUCUAUCUAUUUUACCUCUGUUUUGGAAUAUAAGCAUUUAUACAAAC